UCCCCUGGUCUGCUCUCUUCUUCUGCUCUUCCUCUCUACUACCAAUAAUAAUCUUUCACUCCACCAUCCUUCUCUCCCCAUUGCACCCCUCCGUCUCUCACCACUACGAUGGAGUCCGUUCAUGACACUCCUCCCCCCUACGCAACUGAUCGUAUCGACGAGAAGAAGAAUGAUCUCAGCCAGGUGGAACAGAACAUCAAGCCGGGCUUUGAGGAGACCGAUGCCUUUGGUAACGAAGAAUUUGCAGAGAUUAAGUACAAGACCUUGAAGUGGUGGCAAUGUGGACUGUUGAUGAUCUGUGAGUCUGUCUCACUGGGUGUCUUGUCCCUGCCCGCGGCCGUGGCUACCCUGGGUUUUGUCCCGGCCGUCAUCCUCAUCGUUGGCCUCGGGAUCCUCGCCACCUACACCGGUUACAACAUUGGGCUGUUCAGAGAGCGCUAUCCCCACAUCCAGAACCUCGCGGAUGCCGGAGAGAUCCUUAUGGGCCCCUUUGGACGCGAACUCUUCGGCCUGGGCCAGUUCCUCUUCUGCAUCUUUGUCAUGGGCAGCCAUAUCUUGACCUUCCGCGUCAUGAUGAACACCAUCACCGACCACGCCACCUGCUCCAUUGUCUUCAGUGUGAUCGGCAUGGUCAUCUGCAUCGUCCUUUCCAUCCCUCGGACCAUGAAGGGCAUGACCUUCAUCUCAUUUGCUUCCUUCCUUAGUAUCUUUAGCGCUGUCAUGAUUACCAUGAUCGGCGUUGGCGUCCAAAAGCACCCCGGUCGCAUCAUCGAGGCGACAGUCGAUACCAACCUCUACACGGCUUUCAGCGCCGUUUCCAACAUCGUCUUCGCGUACUGCGCCCACGUGGCCUUCUUCGGGCUGAUUGCCGAGAUGGAGCAGCCAAAAGACUUCAAGAAGUCGCUGUUCAUGCUGCAGUCCUUCGAGAUUGCCCUGUAUGUGACCGCCGCGUGCGUCGUCUACUACUACGUAGGCAAGGACGUUCAAUCUCCCGCACUGAGUUCCGCUGGUCCUCUCUUGAAGAAGGUUGCCUAUGGCAUUGCGAUCCCUACUAUUGUUGGUGCAGGUGUGGUGAAUGGCCACAUUGGCCUGAAGUAUAUCUACUUCCGGGCCUGCCACAAGUCCGAUCUCAUCCACAGCCGCAGCCGGCGCUCAGUUGCCAUCUGGAUUGGUCUUGGACUGGUCUGCUGGAUUGUUGCCUGGAUCAUUGCGGAGGCAAUUCCUGUGUUCAGCGACCUCAACGGUCUGAUUAGUGCCCUCUUCGCCAGUUGGUUCAGCUACGGUCUCAGCGGUAUCUACUGGCUGCAUCUCAACUACGGCCAGUGGUUUGCAGGCCCCCGCAAGAUCUGUCUGUUUGUGCUCAAUGUGGCGGUUGCCGUGUUUGGUCUGGUGCUGUGCGUCCUGGGUCUGUAUGCCUCGGGCACGGCCAUCCACAAUGAUGCCAACAGCAACAGCUUCACGUGUGCCAACACGGACAGCUAAAUUUGCAUUCAUCUUACACCAUUUAUGGCGUUUAUGAGCGAAAUCUCUGCCAGCCAGUCUGGGACAGCUGCAGAUGACGGCGUGACGGUUUUAUUUGCAUUGGCCUACGAGCUAAUAACUGAUUGAUGGGUUUGAUUUUCUACCAUAAUUAAUUUCUACGAUUCACAUUACGAUCGACGUGUUUCCUGCUCUCAUGAGGUAGCCCAUGGUAGAGACAACACCUGUAAAGCGUCAACGCCGUAUAGAUCGACUCAGUGCACUUCAUUAUUGGUGUCUGCUGGCCGCCUCUCAGAUCUAUCAG